CUGCGUCUCACAAAGACAUGGUGGUUGGAACCAAAAAUCUCAAAUUUAGACAGAUUUCCACCUGUCUAAUGUCCAAUGCUUGUAUUUUUUGGCACAAGUGAGUCUUUUCUUAUUAUUGGUGUCCUUUACUAGUGGUUUCUUUGCAGUAAUUCGACCAUGAAGGCCUGAUUCACGCAGUCUCAUCUGAACAGUUGAUGUUGAGAUGUAUCUUACUUGAACUCUGUGAAGCAUUUAUUUGGGCUGCAAUCUGAGGUGCAGUUAACUCCCAUGAACUUAUCCUCUGCAGCAGAGGUAACUCUGGGUCUUCCUUUCCUGUGGCGGUCCUCAUGAGAGACAGUUUCAUCAUAGUGCUGGAUGGUUUUAGCGACUGCUCUUGAAGAAACUUUCAAAGUUCUUGAAAUGUUCCGCACUGACAGACCUUUAUGUUUUAAAGUAAUGAUGGACUCUUGUUUCUCUUUGCUUAUUUGUUCUGUUCUUGCCAUAAUAUUUACUUGGUCUUUCACCAAAUAGGGCUAUCUUCUGUAUACCACCCCUACCUUGUCACAACACAACUGAUUGGCUCAAACGCAUUAAGAAAGGAAGAAAUUCCACAAAUUAACAUUUUUACGCAUGGCAAACCUGUAAAUUGAAUUGCAUUCCAGGUGACUACUUGGUGAAGCUGGUUGAGAGAAUGCCAAGAGUGUGCGACGCUGUCAUCAAGGCAAAGGGUGGCUACUUUGAAGAAUCUCAAAUAUAAAAUAUAUUUUGUUUUAACUUUUUAUUUUUAUAUUACAUGAUUCCAUGUGUGUUAUUUCAUAGUUUUGAUGUCUUCACUAUUAUUCUACAAUUUUAGAAAAUAGUUUAAAAAAAUAAAAAACUUUGACUGGUGAAAGAAUCUUUCAAAUACAAAAGAUACAAAGUUGCGACCUCGGAAAUGAGACCUCUCACUUUGCACUCUCUUUUCAUUGGACUAUUCCUUAUUUCCUCCGUUUCUCAAAAAUUCAACCGGCUGCAACUUUCCUAAACUACCUACACUAAGUAUAUAUUUUGUGUUUUGAUAACUUUCUCAUAAGUGAGAUACUUUUAAGUUUCAAAUGUUUCCAAAACUGUAUCGCGUGUGAGCGGUGCAUAUUUGCGUUUUAGAAGGGGCAUUUCCCCUCAGAAAGCUAAAAGGGAAUGUCCAAUGGCAGAAUGGCCGACAUGUACUCUCUGUUCCAGGUCUGUAGGAUAUGAUUAAGUGGCAUGGAUGAAAACAAUGGAAAUGGGGAGGUGGACUAUUUGCUGCAAGUUGAAGACUCAAUCAUAGAAGGAGUCAGCAACCCGGUCUUGUUUGUGGUCGUUCUCAGUGUCACGUUCUUGUGUGGACUGGUAACUCUGCUCUGCAGAAAUGAGCAGCAGAACAUCCACCCAGAGAACCAGGAACAUGUUCGUGCCGUCCGACAGCACCUGCAGUCUGACUCGCAGGAAGGUGAACCAACAGAGCCCAGGCAGCAGUUCUAUACAGACAUGUCCUGUCCAGUGUGUCUACAGCAGGCCGUGCUGCCUGUGGAAACCAACUGUGGACAUCUCUUCUGUGGUUCUUGUAUAAUUGCAUAUUGGCGAUAUGGGACAUGGCUUGGUGCUAUCAACUGUCCCAUCUGCAGACAAAUGGUGACCCUGCUGUUCCCUCUCUUUCAUGAGCAUGCCACCCCUCAGCAGGUACAGGAUGGAACAGUUGAACCGCUCCUCAUCCUCCGGGAUCUCGGUGACUACAACCGCAGGUUCUCAGGACAACCCAGAUCGCUGAUGGACCGGCUGCGUGACGUCCCCACGUUGCUGCGCCACCUCUUCAGGGAGAUGUUCUCCGUAGGGGGCCUGUUCUGGAUGUUUCGUAUCCGUAUCCUGCUGUGUCUGAUCGGGGCUCUGACCUACCUGAUCUCCCCUCUGGACUUCAUCCCCGAGGCUCUGUUCGGUCUGCUAGGCUUCCUGGAUGACUUCUUCAUCAUCCUGCUUCUGUUCAUCUAUAUCUCUAUCAUGUAUAGAGAGGUGGUGACCCAGAGACUGGCAGCGUGAUGGAGAGAGGUGGUGAUGGAGAGAGGUGGUGACCCAGAGACUGGCAGCGUGAUGGAGAGAGGUGGUGACCCAGAGACUGGCAGGAUGAUGGAGAGAGGUGGUGACCCAGAGACUGGCAGCGUGAUGGAGAGAGGUGAUGGAGAGAGGUGGUGACCCAGAGACUGGCAGGAUGAUGACACCCGUUCAGUUCGGCUGCGGGGAAAUGUGAUUGUGAUGCAGGAGGACAAUAUAUGCUAUUGACAUAGUUACUGAUCAUCGCUUAGCUUCAGGUCAAAGACACAGUGAGAGUGCUCUGUUGCUUUGGACUGGAGUUCCAUCAUGCAGAAGUGUGGGGACUAGUUAACGGGUCUGUUGGCAAAAUGUUUGUUAUUGGCAGGUUGUUAUUUCAUCAGUUGAUGUAAUCCUAUUGAAUAUGCUAAUCUAAAGUGUGUGUGUGUGUGUGUGUGUGUGUGUGUGUGUGUGUGUGUGUGUGUGUGUGUGUGUGUGUGUGUGUGUGUGUGUGUGUGUGUGUGUGUGUGUGUGUGUGUGUGUGUGUGUGUGUGAAAGUGAAAGAGAGAGGGGCUGGGACAAUAAACUGAUAAUUACUGACAUUGCAUUCCUAUUAUGUUGUUGGACAUUUUUUGUUAUUUUUGCUACACAUUCCUGUCGAUUUGUUCUAAAAAAAACAUUUAUUUGGUCAACAGUAAUAGCCUAUGAAUUUAGUUUAUUCCUGCUAUCAAAGUAUCUACCUGUUCCUGUUUCGCUGUCGACUGCUCUCUAGCUUCCUCUCCCCACUGCAUAGGGAGGAGGGAGCCACGCAUUCUGAGAAGCACAAGCGUAUGACCGUUGGGGGAGUAAAAAUACAAUUUCAAGGCAACUACUCUUCUAGUUACGGAGAGGAGUCACUGAUUUUUUGUCGCACAUCAAAAUGUCGAAUCUCCCGUUCCCUGGAUACGUUACCAGAGUCCUGUCUGCAGUAACUGCCCAUAAAAAAAUAUAUAUGUU